AUGAUGCAGCUCGACUUUGUGCUCUACCGCUUUGUAUGUGACGUUCCCACCUUUACAGGGCUGUUUGCAGAGGAUGCGGAAGGGCGACACAUUCCUGAUGCGGCCUCCUUUCAGUGUAGCUGGGCCCGAACGGCGCGCGCACAGACUAGCUCAAGCGGCACAUCGGCCUUGCACUGCGUGGAUGGCGCCACGGAAAACAUGCACUUUAAGGCACUUGGCGACGACAUGGCGCUUAUGUUUGCGAAGGUGACGCAUCAGCUUAUCCUGGACGCCGAGCAGGACGUCAUCACAUUCGCCAUUCGGCCGUCGCAGUACAGCGCCGCUGGCCCGCUGCCCGUCGUGGCCAAGGGUGCUCUCGAUCCGCGACCGUACUUUGGCAAGCCCAUGAAGAACUACGCCAUCAAGCUGCGUGAUGCUGCCGGGGAAGUCACCGGAAAGCUGCUCUUCUCUCUGCGUGUGCAUGAAAUCGAUGAGAAAGGGCCAAGGGUGCAGCGCGGCAACACCGUGUCCUCGACCGCAACGACGUCUCCGCUGCGCAGCAGCCCCCUUCGCCGCCAAAUCGCAGUGGAGCGUGAUUCGUCGCGCGAUCGCUUGAUGGGGACGCCGCCGCGUAGCGAGCGGGUGGUGCACGUGCACUCACAUGUGCUGGAACGACAGGAGACAACGCUCUAUCAGACCCGUGGCAAAGCAGCGCAGCGCUCCCAGCCACGAAGAGAGGGGUCACGGCGUUCACAUCGUGACUCCCGUCGUGUACGGUGCGUGGAAAUCCAGCUAGAGCGCGUCACGGUCAGGACAGAGAGCAUUGAUCUCGAUCACCCAGCACCGCUGCUGCUUGGCGGCGACUACAGCAUGAAGAUUCGCUACGGUUCCUACACCUACAGAACGACGCAGGCCGUUUGCUGCAAUCCCAAGGAAGUGAUGUUCAAGGCCCAGCAGGCCCGCAUCACGCUCCAGCCGGCUGGCGGCGCGGAAAAGAUGCGAUUUUCACUCUGGGAGGACAAGCGCCAGGUCGCCGGCUUCUCCCUGGACCCCGCGAAGUUCCAGUCCGAGGUUGGCGAGUGGAAGGAGUACGCGAUUCCCUUCCGCUACCACCCCACAGGGCAGCGAGCCGCCCUCGAUGUGCGCAUAUGUCGAGUGGAAGCCGACAGCGGUGGUUCCCCAAGCAGCAGACGCUCGCCUUCUUUGCCAUCCGCGGCGCCGAACGCUUUUUCGGCUGCGGCUGCGGCUGCGGGCGUCGAUGCCACCGCGGCGCAACGAGCCGCUCCGCAACAGUUGACGUAUGGAACCGAUCCGCCGGAUCGGUAUGCGGAGAAGGGCGCGCGUGGACAAGUGCCGCGGCGCUUUUCGCCGCCGCCAAAGCCGUAUGACGCGGUGAGCCUUAUUCCACACGAUGUCUUGCUGGUGCACACUCGCUCGUCAUCGCACCGAGGCGGUUCCUGUCCGCCAGCCUCCGUCAUCGUGGCUUCGGGGCCGAUACCGCCACUAGACGCCAACCGCACGAGCACGCCGCUGCGCGACUGUCAGGCAGCUGGCGCACGGGGCGGCUGGGAGCGCACCCCCAUGGGCGAGCGUCCGCCGCCGCUGACGUCGAAUCUUGCCGACCUCCCAGCUGAUCGACGUCCACCCGAUGAGCACGAGGUGUACAUUGCAGAGGUGUUGCGCCGGCUCGAACGCCAGCAGCGGGCACCGCGGCAACCGACUUCACUCGUGGAGGAGUGGAUCGGCUGGCGCAACGAGCGCGAGCGCAGCCGCGGUAACAGUAUCUCCAGCAUGUACCCGCGAUCGUCUUCCGUGAAGAGCGCGGCAAGCCGGGCCGACUCAGUGACGUCCGUAGUUUCGCGGCGUGCCUUAACGCCGCGGCCGACAAAGUCGAACGCCGACAAAUCGUUCCUAACGCCCUUUACCCCGGACGCGAGUGCCCACCGUCUCCGCAGCUCGCGUCGAAGUCCGACCCCGAUUAACCCCCUUAUUUAG